ACGCGCCGCCAUUUUGUCUGGCGCGGGCGCGGGCCUCUGAGGUGAGGAGGCAGCGGGGGCGGCGGCGCCGACAGGCCGGGCGGGGCGGAGGUCUGGCCGGCCGGAGAGCCGCGUCGUCGUCGCCCGCGAGAGCGAGAGAAGGCGAGAGGCCGGAGGGGAAUCGCGUUACAGGGGCGUCCCUGUCGGCUCAGCCCGGGCUGCACGGCGGCUGGGCCGGGCUUGGUGGCGCUCCGCCCCGCGGCCUGCCUGCCGCCGCUCCUCCUCCUUCUCCUCCUGCCCUGCGCUUCUGCCGAGGGCCGUCGGGGAAGUCCUCCGCUGCUGAGGGGCCGCCGGAGCCGAGCUGGACAGGGAGCGCCGCCGCCGCCGUCAUGUCGGGCCAGUCGAUCACCGACCGGAUCACGGCGGCGCAGCACAGCGUCACCGGCUCGGCCAUCGCCAAGGCCGUCUGCAAGGCCACCACCCACGAAGUCAUGGGCCCCAAGAAGAAGCACCUCGACUAUUUAAUUCAAUGCACAAAUGAGAUGAAUGUGAAUAUUCCACAGUUAGCAGAUACGCUUUUUGAGAGGACGGCAAACAGUAGCUGGGUAGUAGUGUUCAAAGCUCUAAUUACAACACACCACCUCAUGAUGUAUGGAAAUGAGCGCUUUAUUCAAUACUUGGCAUCUCGAAAUACAUUAUUUAAUCUCAACAACUAUCUGGAUAAAAGUGCCAUGCAGGGCUAUGAUAUGUCUACCUUCAUCAGACGAUAUAGCAGAUACUUGAACGAAAAAGCACUUUCUUAUAGACUUGUAGCAGUUGAUUUCACCAAAAUGAAAAGAGGGAUUGAUGGUGUGAUGAGGACAAUGAAUACUGAAAAACUUUUGAAAACCUUGCCAAUUAUUCAGAAUCAGCUGGAUGCACUUCUUGAUUUUGAUGCAAACCCAAAUGAACUAACCAAUGGCGUAAUCAAUGCUGCCUUCAUGCUCCUCUUUAAAGAUUCCAUUAGGCUUUUUGCAGCCUAUAACGAGGGGAUCAUUAACCUGUUAGAAAAAUAUUUUGAUAUGAAGAAGAACCAGUGCAAAGAAGGUCUGGAUAUUUACAAAAAGUUUUUAGCCAGAAUGACCAAACUAUCAGAGUUCCUCAAAGUGGCAGAGCAAGUUGGAAUUGAUCAGGGUGACAUUCCAGAUCUUACUCAGGCUCCCAGCAGUCUGCUUGAAGCCCUGGAACAGCAUCUGGCUUCUUUGGAAGGAAAGAAGACCAAGGAAGUUUCCGCUGCCAGCAGAGCAAGUACUCUCUCCAGUGCCGUUUCCACCCUGGCCAACACAGGAAUGUCCUUCAGUAAAAUGGAUGAAAGAGAGAAACAGCAGGCCCUGGAGGAGGAGCAAGCUAGACUGCAGGCUUUGAAGGAACAGCGAUUGAGAGAGAUUUCUGUAGUUUCCAAUUCUACUUCCACUUCUGCUUCUCCAAGCACUUUAUCUGGAAAGAGCGUGAACACCAAUCCUGCCGUUGACCUCUUUGCAGCCCCCGCCCCAACUACCAAUAGCAUGCCCAACCUUUCUACCGAUCUCUUCGAUCUUCAACCUGCGUUUGUUCCUACGGUACAAAGUACUCCAGCCAUAGCAACGUCAGCAAGCAGUGCCUGGGGAGGACAUUUCUCAUCGACAAACGGUUGUGUUGGGUCUCCACCCCAUCUGGAUGUCUUUGAUAUGAAGCCAGUUGAAGAAGCUGUAAAAAGUACAACUCCUUUUGUGAGCUCCACCUUUGGCUCCAAACAAACAGUGGAACUAUUUAGUGGCUACCCUCUUCAUUCUGCAUCACAGAAAACAACCUCCUCAACAAUCAAUGUGGACUUCGAUGCUGUCUUUGGUGGAAAAUCGACUGUAAAUGAUUUUGGAACUACAACAGAUGAUGUAUUACAACCAACAGUAGCUGCACAAAAUCAGAGAGGAAAUGUAAUUGGGCAACAAAGUGGGAAGAUUUUGGCCAAUGACCUAGACUCUUCACUUGCUAAUCUAGUAGGAAAUCUUGGAUUUGGAGGGACACCACCCAAAAAAUCUGAUAUGCAGUGGAAUCAGCCUACAGAGAAGAAACUUACUGGGGGUAACAACUGGCAAGCAAAAACAAGCACCUCAACUACGUGGAACACCGUUCCUGUACCUCCUGCUCCACAGAUGGUACCUGCUCCAGUAACCUACCCAGUAAAUACACCUCAAGUGCCUGUGUAUGGAAUGGUACCUACUCAGAUUGGAACUGCCCCUAUUAUGACACCUCAGCCUAUGAUUUACACCCAGACCGGUCUAAGGCCAAACAAUCCUUUUGCACCUAUCUCUGGAACACAGAUUCAGUUUAUGUAAAUCUGCCAAAACAGCAAGAUUAUUUGACAACCAAAUACUGGUAGAGAGAAGAUGAAACUUUCAGACUGCAGCCUUUGCCAGAGCUCAUACUUGCUCCGCGUAUACUAUAAAAUUAAUUUUAAUUGCUGUGCUUUAGAGAUUCUUUUUAUAACAGUCCCUAUGGUCUGAAAUCAUGUAUGGGUUUGGAUGGGGUCAGAAUUGUUUUCCACGAGAAGUUUUAAGUAUUUUGAAGCUAAAGGUCAUCCAAGUUCAAAAAGAAUGUCCUACUUCUUGUUGCUUUUAAAGACAAGCUUACUUAGGAAUCCUUGGAAGGGUUUAUCUUUAAUUUUGAGCCUGUAAUAAGCAAGCAGACAGCCUCAAACUUCUAUUUAUUUUCUCCCCGAAACUAAUCAUGGGCACUAUAGAGCAAAGUUGAGCAAUAAACCUUUGAGAUACUCCGAAGGACUUGGACAGGAGUAAAUCCCGUAUUAUGAGUAAAGCUGGUUAUCUUGGGAAACCAAGCUGUUUUUCCUCAUGUUAGGCUAGCUUCUUCUGAUUCAUGGAUUUUGUACUGUGAGUUUUGAAACGCUGUAAAUCAACUUUAAUUAAACGGGCCAUUAGCAUUAAUUGAAUUGGCCAUGAAUGGAAAACAAAUUAAUUGGAAUUCAAGCAGAGGGAUAGUUUAGCCCAGCUGUAGGGCUACCCUUGGGCCAGGUCGGGGGUGCUGGAAUAACGUAUUCCUGAGCAGUGUGUGAGACUCUGUUGUGAAUGGCCACAGCUGCAAUACUUGAUGCGAGUAGCAUGGUUUUUGACUCUGGUGAGAGUUGACUUCUAUCCUGGCUAAAAAUAACAACAGCCAGUAAAUGGUCAGCCAGAUGUUGUAAGUCUGGGAGGUUGUAUUUUUUCAUUGUGCUUCAUCACGUUCCGUGGUGCACUUUAAGAACCGGAAAGGUGGAUUUCUGAACGGUCCAUCCAUGGCGUAGCUUAGUUUUUGUCAACGAGGGAGACAAGGAAAAGGUGCCCAUCAACUACGUACGGUAACAUUUUUUUAGGGGGAAAGAAGUGUAAAUAAUGUGUAAACCUUUAAGGACAGAGUUUCUCCAGAAUUGCAGAAUUUUUUUCUUGUUGUUUAUCUUUGUAACAUUCAAAAUAUGAAUAAUUACCACUUAAAGAUACACAGCUCCAAAUUUCUUUGGUAUUGAAAAGCUCGAACUAUUAUUUCUGAAAAUAUGUGAGAGAUUACUGCAGUUUAGGAGAGCAUAUGUAAUGCAGCCUGAUGGUCCAUAAUUUUCAACUCUCCUCCAAAACUGGUGAUGGUGAUGAUGAUGAUAACAAUAACAAUAAUGAUAGAUUAAAUAGUAUCAUGGGAUUUGAUCUAGCUUAUUCAGGAUGUAUUAACAGAGGGGAUUGCAAGAAAUUAGGAUUUAAAAUCCCUUUUUAAAAUCAAAGAAGAGUUCUAAUUAAUAGAAGAAUUGACUCCUUUAUAUCAUUGCCAGGCUUCUGGUGUUGGGCCCGUUACCACAGCAAUAACAGGACAAAGGAUAUCAAAUAUUGUUAGUGUGGUUCUUUUGUAGAAUUUUCCCCUAUUUGAUCACAUAUUGUUAAAAUACGGCAAUUGACCUUGCUCUUUCAAGCAUUUGCCAAAUUGUGGGGUUUGUUCCUAGGAAAAAGGGAUUUAAAAGCAAAGAAAAUAAAAAAAAACAUUUUUGCAGAUCAGAAUGUCAAAUUCAGAAAACCAUUUUUUCUCUAUACGUGUCUUUUGUGUUUGUUAAUAUUGUGCCAAGAAUGUAAAAAAAAAAAAAAAGCCUGCUUCAAAAAGGAUAUACUUGUUUUGUCAAGCUAAACAUGAUUUUUUAAAGGAAAGAAUCAUUUUUUACAUAUGUGUUUGCAAUUUGUAACCACUAACUUUGUAUGGAUUAAAUGUGCAAGUGGAAAAAAAUGUUUUAGACCAAAUCUUCGACAUGUACUGACAAAGACGUAAACUGGAUGCAUGUAAUUAAAUGUGGAAAGUGAAUUUUCAA